AUGUUCGUCCGUGCUGUGGGCUUUCACCCUAAUGCCACGGUUUGGCUUCAGGGCACCCAGAAAUUCGACCUAAAGGACGACAGACUCAUGGAGAACGUCUUCGCUAACUUUGGCACUGCUAAGGACCAGCGCUACAAUAGCACCAAGCAACAUCCUACCCUUUCUUCUAACACUACGAAGAAAGGUGCUCAGCAGCAGUCCUCACAGCAACAGACUUCUCGGCAGUCCUCCCAGCAGUCCUCGCAGCAGUCUGGUUACCAACAGAAAGACUAUUUAGGCCGACAGCAAGGUCAUCAAGCUUCGCAGACUUCCAACAAUCAGGGGGGUAGCCGAAGCAAGUGGUUUUGUACGUUCCACAAUAGAAAGUCGGCACAUACCUCCGAGCAAUGCUUCCUCAAUCCCGCAAAUGCCGGCAAGUCCUUCAAUAAGGGCACCACCACGGCAAAGGCGACUGCGGAGCUUCCAACCAGCCCGGAGGAUAUAUUUAUUAACACUGCUAAUGUCCAGAUCGAUUCUAUCGACAUCUCCACAAUCUCCACGGCGAAUGCUAGUCUCAAUCCACUUCGUUGGAUGCUAGAUUCGGGCGCUUCACACCAUAUAACGCCAAACCGUCACGCUUUCAUCGAAUAUUCCCUAUGCAGAGUCCCCGUGAAGGCUGCAAAUGGGAAACGCUUCUACACUCAGGGCCUAGGCACCGUCAAUCUGACCACGCUCGGCAAGGACGGCCAGAUCAUCAGUUCUAUCAUCUUAAAGAACGUCUGGCACGCCGAGGACCUCGAGAAUUCCCUUAUAUCGUGUCGCACUAUGUUCCGCGACGAUAGCAUUGCCUGCACGCUCUCUGACCAUGCAACCCUUACAAAGGUCAGCUCCGGUGAGGUCGUGGGUUAUGGAGACGCCGACAAUGAUCUUUACUGGUUACGAACUGAUUCGAAGCACCAAUUAGAGACCUUUUAUACUUCCGCAACCUUCACGACGUCCGCCACGGCUUCAGUGGUGCGAGCUAUGCCUAUGGAGGUUAAACCUAUCUCUAUGGACCUCGCACAUCGACGUUUCUGUUAUAUAGGCGAGCAGCGCGUUCGCCGCAUGCCUGCCUUCGCGGAAGGCAUCAAAUUAAUUAAAGGCUCCGCCCUGAAGACUCUAUGUCCUCCAUGCCUCGCUGGCAAAGGCGACUCUCUGCAUAUUAACGUCUGGGGACCUAUUUCUAUUGCCACUAAGGAAGGCGAGACCUAUUUUAUAUCUAUCACCGAUGAGGCGUCCCGUUUCUGCUAG